UAAAAGAAACAUGACUGGGGAUAACAUCAGUUCCACAACAAAUCAAUCAUCUGCACUGGAAGCAGCUUCCAGACACAUACAAACAGCCUCCAUUGUCAUCUACUGUUUGAUAAUUAUAGUUGGAACUCUGGGCAAUGCUCUGGUUAUCUAUGUGACGGGCUUCAAAAUGAAGAAAACAGUUGACUCAGUUUGGUUUCUCAACCUGGCCAUAGCUGACUUCCUCUUCACAGCCUUCCUGAUUUUCUCAGUCAUUUCUCUCUCUCAGAGUUACCGAUGGCCUUUUGGACAUUUCAUGUGCAAGCUCAACAACUUUUUGAGUGUAGUCAACAUGUUUGCCAGUGUCUUCAUUUUAACAGCCAUGAGUUUGGAUCGUUGUUUGUCCAUCUGGGUGGUGGUGUGGGCACACAACAAGCGCACAGUCUGCAAAGCUCGGCUCAUAUGUGUUGGUAUCUGGGUGAUUGCUGUGGUCUUCAGCACUCCUUAUGCCACUUUUCGCACUGUUGUGGAAUACAGGGGGGCACAUUACUGUAGUUAUUCUAUGACACAUGAACAGCAAUGGAGUCUCCACAUUUUUCGCUUUCUCAUGGGCUUUGUGAUCCCAUUCCUGGUCAUAUUUGUGUCUUAUGUGGCCAUAGGCAUACGUGCAAUGCGCAUGUCAAGAACAAGGAGACGCAGAUCUCGCCGAAUCAUUUUCUCCAUCAUUUUUGCAUUCUUCAUCUGCUGGUUGCCCUUCCAUGUUUGCAGUUUUAUAGAAUUAAUGCAUAUGACUAACCCUAAAACCUUGGCCAUUGUUAAACUCAUGGGUCCUCUGACUGUGAGUCUGGCUUUUCUGAACAGCUGCCUGAACCCCAUCCUCUAUGUUUUCAUGUGUGAAGAAUUCAUAAAAAAGCUUCGACAGUCCAUAUGUUUUGUACUCGAGAGUGCUCUGGCAGAGGACCAUUUAUCGUUUAUGUCUACUCGCUCUGUGUCAUCAACCUUUUCAAGGAUUUCCCGAAAGUCAGAUGCUGCUGCAACUUUGGAGAAGAUCGACCCAGCUGCUUUUGAACCCUGCACAGAAAGCAAAGUAGUCAUCACUGAGGAGACACCAAACCCUGAAUAAAAACUUACCGUUGGCAAUGUAAAUUUGAAUUAAUUUUUUAAUGUAAAAUUUGAUCUCAGGAUGAUUCCGAUUGUAAAUUUGUGCAAAAAAAAUCUAAAAUGUUUUGUUUUGUGACCCCUACUGUUUUCUUUAGAUUUUUCUAACUAUUCCAGGGGACAUCUCACUAUGCUCCAUGCAGUAGUAAGAAAACUAAACUAGCCAUUAUAGUAGAAAACCUAUGUGAUUGUGCUGAAGCUUUGAAUUGUGGUAUUUAAUUUGUUAAAAAUUAUGUAAUCCAUACAGUCAUGUUAAAAUUUUUCAUUUAAGAACAGCUUUAUAUUUGUGUAUAUGAGUUUCUAGCGCUCUAGAUUAUUUCACGUUUAUUAAUAUCAACAUCCACUGAACUGUAACA